CAAAAUUAUAAAAUUUUCUUUAUAUACAGUAUUAAUAAACGUUGAUAAUAUGUCGGAAGACGAAGUAGAAAGCUUCGAAAUCACAGACUAUGAUCUUGACAAUGAAUUCAACAUUAAUCGUCCCAGACGAAAAUUAUCCAAGAAACAACAAAUGCUUGGUAUUUGGGCAGAUGAUAGUGAUGAGGAGGAAUUACCUGCUAGACCGUCGUUUAAAACUUUUGAUAAAGGACCAAAAAAUUAUACAGCCCCUGUUAAUUUUGUAGCGGGUGGCAUUCAGCAGGCUGGAAAACCAAAAGAGGAAAAGGAAGAAAAAGAUGAAGAUGAUAGUGACAAUGAAAGUAUAAAUAAGUCGCAAAGGGAAUUUCAGAAUAGUUCAAGUUCUGAAGAUGAACGGCCAAGUAUGGGAUUAUUACGUACAUCUUUUUCUUUAAACACAGAUGGAGAUAUUGCUGGUUUACGUAAAAAGAAAAGUAAAGUAAAUCCUUUACUUAUUCACAGUGGUAUGGGUAGUUGGGAGGUCCAUACUAAAGGUAUUGGAGCUAAACUGUUGUUGCAGAUGGGCUUUGAACCGGGUAAAGGUUUGGGCAAGCAAUUACAAGGUAUAAGUGCUCCAGUAGAAGCACAUUUGAGAAAAGGCAGAGGUGCUAUUGGUGCUUAUGGUCCAGAAAAAUUUCCAAAAGUUCCGGAAAAGAAAAAGGAAGAAGAUUCAGAGGAAGGAAAAGACCCCAAAGCUAAGUUAUCACAGUGGCGGAAAGGAGAUAGUAAUGCAACAAAGAAAAAGGUCAAAUAUGUUUAUCGAAGCGUAGAUCAGGUUUUAGAAGAUGGAAAAUUAAAACCAAAUAAGAAAGUGAGAGUAUCUAAUGAAAUGAGCAGAGUUAAAGUUAUUGAUAUGACUGGUCCAGAACAAAGAAUUCUCAGUGGAUAUCACGCAAUAGCUGGUGGUCAACAAAGGCCUGAUGAAAAUGUUGUGAUUACUGAUAAGAAAUCAAAAGUUAAUUUUUCAUUACCAGAGCUCCAACACAAUUUAAACAUACUCGUAGACAUGUGUGAACAAGAUAUAAUACAAAACGAUAGACGAACUAGACAUUUAAGCGAUAGGGUAGUUGCAUUGGAAGCAGAGAAGAAAAAUAUAUCUAAAGUUAUAGAACAUCACGGUCAACUUAUCGAUACCUUAGAAAAUGUAUUAGAAAUUGUAGAUAAAUUAAUGGACGAAACUAACCAGUUGUCGUUACAAGAGACAGCAGAAGCUUUCAGAGAUUUGCAAGAUAAAUAUUAUGAGGAAUAUAAAAUGUAUGAACUUGAUGAAUUGGCUAGCAGUUUUGUUGGUCCAAAAAUAAAGGACUGUUUAGCUAGUUGGAACCCUACAGUGCAACCGAAGCAGCCUAUUAAAUUAUUUGAACAAUGGAAGAGUAUUUUGGAAAGUGGUACUACUACUCUUCAAACAAGGACUAUGCAUCCAUAUGAUCAGCUUGUGUGGAACGCAUGGAUGCCAUCAAUUAGAGGAGCCGUACAGCAGUGGACUUGUAGACAACCAGAACCACUUAUCGAAUUGAUAGAAUACUGGAUACCAUUGCUUCCAGGUUGGAUAUUAGAAAAUAUUUUAGAUUUGUUGAUACUUCCGAAACUUACAUUGGAAGUAGAAGAGUGGAAUCCUCUUACAGAUACAGUACCUAUCCACACGUGGAUUCAUCCGUGGUUACCAUUAUUACGAAAUCGAUUGGACACUUUAAUAUAUCCAAUAAUACGCCGUAAACUAGGUUCUGCAUUGGGUGGUUGGCAUCCAUCCGACAGAUCGGCGAGAUUAAUGUUACAACCGUGGGCGAAUGUUUUUACAAAAGGAGAUAUGGAAGCGUUUUUAGUGAAAAAUAUUAUACCAAAAUUGCAGAUAGCACUUUCAGAAUUUGUUAUCAAUCCGCAUCAGCAGCAUUUAGAUCAAUGGAAUUGGGUAUACGAAUGGAAAGAUUUAAUUCCACCUCACAUAAUGGCAAACUUGCUUGAUAAAUUCUUCUUUCCGAAAUGGCUACAAGUUUUGGCUCUAUGGUUAAACCAUUCACCGAAUUAUGAUCAAGUUACAAAUUGGUAUAUGGGAUGGAAGGGCAUGUUAAGUGAAAAAAUAUUGGCUGAAACUGCAGUGAAGGAACAUUUCAAAAAAGCAUUAGACAUGAUGAAUAGAGCAGUCAGUGGACCACAGAGUCAUCCACCUGGAGCAAUGGAACAAGUGUCGUACUUGACAAGCUUAGAAAGAACUCAGCCUACAAUGUCACAAAUGCCACCAAACGCCCAACCGAGAAUGGAGAGGCUCGCAGAAGCAGUCAGAACAGCAUCUCAAAUACCUCAAGGUUUCAAAGAUCUUGUUCAAAAGAAAUGUGAAGAAAGGGGCAUUUUGUUCAUGCCUAUACCGAACCGGUAUAGAGAAGCAAAACAAGUUUACAAGGUGGGUAAUGUCCAAGCUUAUAUAGACGGAAAUGUCUUGUUCGUAUGUCAUAACGGUAUGAAUUGGUUGCCAACGCAUUUAAAUGCAUUACUAGAUAUGGCAGAACUUUAA